GCCAUGUAUUCUUCUUUCAGAUGCACGCUCAGUUAAUAUUAUUUCUGUCACUGCUACUGCCGGCAUGUUGGGCCAUUGAAUGUUACACGGGUUUGAAAUUGAUUGCUGGACAAACGUUUGCUGAUCAAACCGUACAAUGCCCGAACAGUGGCGCACAAUGUUACAACAUGUCGGCCAGCGCUGCAGGAGUUCUAGACGUCGUUAAAGCAGGCUGUUCAUUAUGGAGAUGUAUGUUGGCAAGGGAUAGGUGCAUUUCCACAACGUUCCAAAACAUCCCAAUCAGCUUAUGCUGCUGUUCCACACAUAGAUGUAACGUCGGGAACACAGCCAUUGGCGGCUUUCAAAAACAGGCAGUGAGUGGCUGGAAUGCGGCGCCAGAUCGUGAGGUGAAGCAAAUGACCCAUGCGCAGAUGAGGAGCCAAUUCGAGUCAGCCGACCUGGACGACGAGGUAUUGAGCACCACGCGAGGAAACAGGCACUCUGCGCAAACCAGUCGUCUCAGUCCAGCAACCCCAGAAUCUGAUCAUUCCACUUUUGUCGACAUUCCUCCGUCAACACAACGAGAAGCAAGGCAUUCUGUCCAGAGUAAAGUGAAUGCUACAAGUAGACCGAUCACUACCGCUCAAAAUCUCACCAGAAUCACACCUCGAGGGAACAACAGCUUGUCCCAUCCAGCAGACGAAAUUGAAAUUUUGCUUGAAUAAAAAUUACA